AUGGCCGCCAAAAUCAAGUCGCAUCCGCUCAAUGGCGCGCACACGGCCGGCAUCUUCUCCGACAUGAGCAUCGAUGGCCCCGAGAUCGGGACGCUGGUGCUCAUCAUCGACAGGGCCAAGAACCUGCCCAACCGGAAGACAAUCGGCAAGCAGGAUCCCUACUGCGCGGCGAGACUGGGGAAGGAGGCCAAGAAGACAAAGACCGACAUCCGCGGAGGCCAGACACCACGAUGGGACCAGGAGUUGAGAUUCACAGUACACGACUCGCCUGACUACUACCAACUAAAGAUCUCCGUCUUCAACGAUGACAAGAGGACCGAUCUCAUUGGCGAGUGCUGGAUUGACCUACGCGACAUCAUCGUCAGCGGCGGUGGGCAGAGCGACUCGUGGCACACGUUGAACUGCAGGAGCAAAUACGCCGGAGACGUCCGCAUCGAGAUCACCUACUACGACAGCAGACCGAAGCCGGAGAAGCCCGUUGCGAAGGCCAAGCCCGUGGAGCAGCCGGAAGCCCAUAGCUCCCUUCCCAGAGGGCCUCCAAAGAGACGUCCACUCCCUUCGGAUCCGGUCACCGGCCAAUCACCACAGCCGUCUAUCCCAGAACAUGCGCAGACACCACCUCGACCCCAGCCAACCCCUCCGACAUCCUACAUACCAAACCAGUCGCCACUGCAGGCCGUAGAGUACCAGACGCCGCCGUCACGGCGAUACCCCCAACCCCAGCCGCAAUCACAGCCCGAGCAGUACUCGCCAGUCCCUCCCAACGGCGGCUACGCGCCCCCAACUGGUUCAGCCGACAUGCAGUAUGCGCAGCGCGGUUCGAUGGACAGGCCUGACAGGUACUCUGGCCAUGCCGAGGAGUCCGAAUACGGUGCCGACUACCGCCGGCAGUCUCACAACCGCUACGACUCGCGGUCCAGCUUCGACGAAACCAGAUCAUCGUACAGCAUGCCGCCGGUGAACGACCCCCGGCAGCUGCCUGCGGAUGAGGAUAGGCCGCCGCCACCCCCCGUGCACCGCACGAGGAAUAACAGCGGAGCUGCUCAAGAGGCAAUGCUCCGCAGUGGUUACGACCUGUCCCCGCAAAAGGGGACGCCGCCGUCCAUGAGACACGACGUUCUGCGAAACGAGGCACACCGAAAGUCAAUCUCUAGCAGCGCUUACCCGGGACGUCCUGCCUAUAGGCCAUACGACUCGGCGCCCGCGCCCCUGCCGAGCAGCCCGGACUACCAGUCGCCGGAGCCGCACCAACCUUCACCACCGCGGCAUCACUCGUACGAUUCCAACUACGAUCCCCACUUCCGGUCCAUGCAGCCGACUGUCGAGGAUGCGCCCGAGUCUCCGAGUCCCGUAGUCCAGCAUUCAUUCAGGAAGAGCGGCUCUCGGGCUCCGCCGUCCCCCUACGACUACGAUGAGCCCGACUACAACAAUGGCGCGAGCCCUGCACCGCUCAACCUCGGAGGUCGUGGUAGCUCGGCUUCUGGCCACUACACCCAAUCUCCGGCACCGAUACAGAAUGGUCAACGCCGCCCAGAGACAAACAGCUACGCCCAUUCGGGGUCGCCCAUAUCAUCUCGGGAGCGUGAGUACGUGCCGCAGAUGAGCACUUCCCCUGGCGCCCAUGACUCUCGUGGUUCGUACUCUAAGCAGUAUUCGGACCCCCGCGACACUUUCGUCGAUGAGCCUGUGAACAGCGCUGGUCAAUACGGACUCCCUGCGGUCCCGGCCUCUCUCGUGCCGGGGAUGGAUCCGAACUUGUCCAUGGAUAUUGCGGAGCGUAUCAAUGAGGACAGCAGACGGCACCAGCGGCGAAACACGCAGCCGCCAAUGGAGACUCCACCGCGAGGAAGGCGGAUGAUCGAGGCUGGUCCUGGAUACGCGCCCGAGGGCUCCCCACAGCCGUAUCAGACACCUCAGCAUACACCUCAACAUCAACAGUCAUUUGACCGGAGCCCGGUGGUGUACUCUGGAGGACAGUCGCCCAGCAUUGUCAAGCCUAGAGCUAUCUCACCCAACCCUUACCACUCGGGUAGCCCCAACCCGCAUCAUACGAUCAAGCGCAAGUCCAUCAGUCCGGCCCCUCCGCCUUCCGAAGGGCGUAGACUAUCCGGCAUCCCCUUUGGGCCCGACGACUAUGACGCUCUGAACCCGAGCGUCGUGUCAGCCAACUCGAACGAAUCGAUGAGGUCGGACAUGAACGACGCCGGAAAGAUCGUCACGCACGACGGCAAGGAGAUCGACCCGUCUGACCACCUGCCGAUGGACACGUGGGCGCCCGAGCCGGAGCCCAAGAAGCCGUCUGCGCCCUCGACGCCGACCAACCGCCCGUCUCCGGCCGGCGCGCAGCCGAUGCCCACCUCGACGGGCAGGCGGCAGCUGCGCAUCGCGGGCCGGCCGCAGUCGAUGGCCUCGUCGCCCGUGACGUACGGAUCGGAUCCCCCGGAGCCUUCGCCGCAGCCGCCGCCGUCGACGGGCAGGAACAGGCUGCAGAAGAAGGCUAACCGGCAGAGCGCCAUGCCCGUCGUCAUGUCGGGCGCGAACGGGCCCGGUCUUGGAGGUGGUGGCGGAGGUGGCAGCCCGCUGGCGCCGCUGCCGCACGGGCACGACAAUUACACGCCGCCGCGGCAGAUGGUGCGGGCGAGCACGUUUGACAGUUACUACGCGCCGCCCAACGAGAAUCACCCUGUGCCUUCGUCGUCGCGGUACGGCCGGCCGAGGAGCCGUGGCGAUGAGAGGGGUGGGUUCGGGUACCACCCGGGUCCGGCGGGUGCGCCGCCUGUGCCGGCGAAGAUCCCGCUGAUGAAUGAUGGGUCUAUGGGGCCCGGUGGCGGUGGUGGUGUUGGAGGGUAUGGCGGUGGGAUGGGGAUGGGGAUGAUGAUGGGAGGUGGUGGUGGAGGAGGAGGAGAGUUGGCGCUCGCGGAGGAGAUGAGCCGGAUUGAUAUUGGGACUGGGAGGGCUAGGAGGCAUCAGCGGUAUUGA